AUGAGUGAACCGGAACAUGCAGAUAGACUAUUGCUCAUCUUUGUUCAUGGUUUCCAUGGAUCUGAUACUAGCUUUGAGGAUUUCCCCAAUCGAAUUCGUACAAUCCUUACCAAUACUCACAAAGUCGAUGUUGAUGCCGUUAUUUAUCCCAGCUACAAAACAAUGGGGGAUAUCUCAUUAGCUGUCCAGGACCUGACCACCUGGCUGAUUGAUCAAGUUAAUACUCGACAAAAAGAAUCGAAAGCAUGGGGUGGUAAAGGCAGACUAAUGGUUGCAUUGCUUGGACAUUCGAUGGGUGGAAUUGUCUCUGCAGAGGUUAUCUUGGGACUCAAGAAAAGACUUGACGAUCCAUUAGACGGAGCUUUUAUUGUGGGCUUACUGGCUUAUGAUACACCUUUUUACUCUGUCAACGUAAAGUAUGUGUCUUCCAGAGUCAUUAGUUAUGCAGACCAGGCCAGUCGAUUUCUUCAAGGCAGCAGCUCAUCUUCCUCUACAGCUAAUGCGAGACAAAUCGGAAACACAGCUCAAGCAGCAGUCAAAGCUACGGCCCGGACUGCUUCGUCUUCGUCUUCGUCUUCCGGAUGGGGAUUAUUUGCUGGAAUUGUGGGUGUGGCAGCAAUAGGAGCUGCUGCCUAUGUGGGCCGAGAGCUGAUUUCGAAUGGAAUCAAUAAAGCAUUUGAUCAUCUGGAAUUUGUGAAUACUUUGAUCGACACACAAGGAUGUGAAGAAAGAGUCACUCGUCUUAUAGAGCUAGAUGAUGUAUUAUUUAAAUGCUUCUAUGUACAGUUGCCUUCUACUGGUGAUCAACCAAGGACAUUUAUUGAUUUACCACCUGAUGAAACAUCCCACUAUUUUGUACCAGUCUCUUCCAAUGCUUCUUCAGAGGUGACUGCUCACACGACCAUGUUUAGCUCAACUAGGAAUGUGUCGUAUUAUAUCCUUGGAGCAGACUCUAUAUCACUUGUAUCUGAAAUGAUCGAACGUUUCCGUAGAAAGCACGGUAAAUCCGUUUGA